CCUCAGGUCACUGCCUUGUUUCUCUUAUUUUUCCCAGAACGCCGGGUCAUACAACGUAUUUAGGUACAUACUAAUACGAAUUCAGCCCCAUGGUGACUUGUCAGCAUUAGCGAAUUUUCUAUCGCCAUGGCAGAUCUACCUGCAGAUUCGCCAGUCGAAUCUGGUAAGGUGCAAGUGACUACGGAAAGCUCAUCUCCACAGGCCAACGGGUUCAACACGGUUACGACUACGAGCGAAUCAAUCAGCGGUCAGUCUGACGCACAUCACGAGGGAACAACUACUGUUACAGCUACUGGGAUUCUUUCACCUGAACGUGAAUGCGACGAGCUCAGCAGUGAUGAGAAAGACGCCAAUAAUGCCCCCGCUACUGAAGGCGCAGACUCAAAAGAUGUAGAUGAGCCUAUCGAUGGCGCUGAAGGAGAUGUUCAGCCCAAUGGUGAACCCGAUGCCAAGAAAAAGAAGAAGAAGCGAAAGAAGAAGGGUGGCGCCGCUCGUAAGAACGUUACUGGCUUUGAAGAAUUCUAUGCCGAUGCUCCCAUGACCCCUGCCGAAGCGGCCGAGGAGAAGAAGGUGGUCUACAGCCCGUCGCGAGUAUUUUCUGACCGCAUCGAGGAAUGCAUCCAACGUUACCGAGCUAGCCGACGAAUGGACAGUGAACGUUCUAUGGUAUUCAAUAAGUACCUAUGGCUUGGUGGCAUUGAUUCAUCCCCACGUCAGUUUACUGGUUUCGCUGAUGAUCGUGAGGCGUUAGAGGGGGCGGACAAAGAUGAGAUCCGCCAGAUGACUGCCACAGACUUUGUUGGUAACAGUGGAACCCGUUUCUAUGAUCCUGCGCAAGCAGAUCAUUGGUUCAUAGAUUUCGAGGGCAUAGUCAAGGGUUUCCUUUCUCGUACCAUACCUAGUAUCUACAUGUACGACGAACCUGCAAACCGACAGGCGGCAGAAACCGUAAAGAAUUUCCUCAAUUACGUCUUGAUGCAUGAUGCAUGCCCGGAAUAUACCGACGACAUCUUGGCUGCUAGGAGUAUCUGUGAUAUUGCCCCUAUUGAGCUCCGUCUUACUCACGAGAUAUAUCGCGCACUCCCCGGCGACUUCAACGCCACUGCCAACUCACUGUUUUGCGACCGACAAGUGGACAACGCUAACGAAGGCGAAGCCUACGAAAACUUAGUCACAUUUCGCGUUACGGUUUUUUCUUCACUAUUGGAUGAUGAGAUUAAGAGGAAGCUUAUUGACUCCGAGGAUCCCACUACUAUCCAUGUAGUUGAUACAAAGGAAGAAACGUAUCAGAUAGUCAGUACCACUCAGCCUCACCAGAAAGAUGUCCAGAUGGUCGAAGAACGACUAAAGGAACUUGGCCAUCCGGGUAAGGGCAAACCGGCAGGAGUCAUUGUGCUGAAACCUUCUUUUAUUGAUCACGGCUGUGACGAUCAAUGUCGCACGGAUGACCCUAAUGCAGAGCCGGAGCAAUAUUUGCUUGAAAGUGAUCUACUUUCCAAGUUUGAGAAGGGGAUGAAAACGACCCUCGUCGUAUGCGAACUCAACAUUGGUCUUCGCUUCAUCAAAGAAGUUCGAGAUGUUCGCGUCUCAUUCGACCAAUUUCUACCACAGAUGUUGAUGGAAAACUGGAAAGAUCCCGUUCCCAACACUCGCCCUCCCCCGUCAGCCUCGAAUCCCAAUGCAGAGGAGAGGGCGCUUGCCUCGGAGGAUAUUUAGGCGGAUUGAAGGUGUGUUGCUGAGCUUUGUAAAUUGAUAAGGGUGACGACGGAGGCACUCGAGCUCGAAUAAGGGCCAUGAAGUACGAGUCACGACAUCUUACG